CUUCCUCUAGAGUGAUGACUCUUUGAGGACUUAAUGACUGGGAGUAGCAGCAGAAACCGCCACCAUGUCUAACGCUGCACCCGCUGAAGCCGCACCAGCUGAGGCUACUUCCACUGCCGAGGGCGAAGCUCCACCAGCAGAGACUGCACCUGUCGAGGGAAAGGCCCCAGCGGAGGCCGCUCCAGCAGAAGGAGAGGCUCCCGCAGAACCCGCGCCUGAGGAGCCCAAAGCAUGUGCACCCCCUCCUCCAGAUGAGCCCACCAGCGAGCCCCUUGAAGUGACAGUGGAGGACAAGAGUGACUCUUCAGUGACCAUCACCUGGAGGCCUCCAAAGACCGUUCCGGCCAACUCUGGCCUGGAUGGAUACACUGUGGAAAUCACCAAGGAGGGAACCGAAGACUGGAAAGCAGUCAACGAGGACCUGACCGUGUCCUGUCGUUAUGUUAUCAAGAACCAGACUACCGGCGACCAUCUGCUGAUCCGGGUGGUGGCUGUGAACUCUGGUGGCCGCAGCCCCCCUGCUACCAUCGCCGAUCCCAUUCUGGUCAAGGAGGUUGGGGCUCGCCCCAAAGUCCGCCUGCCUCGCUUCCUGAGGCAGAGGUAUGUCAAGAAAGUCGGUGAGAAGAUUAACCUUGUCAUCCCCUUCUCUGGCAAGCCUAAGCCAGUGGUUAGCUGGUUAAAGGAUGGAGAGCCCCUUGACCCAAAGAGGGCCAACAUCCGUACAUCUGACACAGACAGCAUCCUGUUCGUCCGUCAAGCAGAGAGAGUGGACUCUGGCUCAUACGAGAUGUGCGUGAAGGUGGAUGACUUUGAAGACAAAGCUGCUAUCAUCAUCCAAAUUAUUGAGCUGCCUGGGCCACCAGCCAGCAUUAAGAUUGCGGAUGUCUGGGGAUUCAAUGUUGCCCUUGAGUGGACCGCACCUAAAGAUAACGGAAACACAGAGAUCACAGGCUACACCGUCCAGAAGGCUGACAAGAAAACCGGGGACUGGUUCAACAUUCUGGAGCACUACACCAGACUAAACGCUACCAUCUCAGACCUCAUCAUGGGCAACACCUACACCUUCAGGAUCUUUGCAGAGAACAAGUGUGGACUCAGUGAGGAAUGUGCCACGACCAAGGAAGAAGCCACCAUUGUGAAGGAGGUUAUUGACUACAAACCUACCCCGUUCGUGGAGCGUGACUUCACCGAGGCUCCCAAGUUCACCACUGUUCUGAACGACAGGUCCACCACUGUUGGCUACAGCACCAAGCUGCUGUGCUCUGUAAGGGGAUCCCCCAAGCCUAAGAUUAUGUGGAUGAAGAACAAGAUGAUCCUCAACAACAUGGAUAACCCCAAGUACAGGAUGAUCAGCACAGGGGGCAUCUGCACCCUGGAGAUCCGUAAGCCUGGCCAAUAUGACGGUGGAGAGUAUGUCUGCAGAGCUGAGAACCAACUGGGGAAGGUCGACACCGGUUGCAAGCUGGAGGUCAAAAAGCCUGUUUAUGCAGAUGCUGACAACCAUUGGUUCAUGAUCAUUAAAACAAUGAUAUUUACCUCAACAGAACCUGUUUAUGCAGAUGCUGACAAAGACAAGGAGGCAGAGUGAAUGCACAUGCAUACAGUCCCAAGUUAGAAGCAAGCUGAAUGAGGCCUUUACAAGAAAAGGACGGUGCUGGAUGCUGGAGAAAAAUGUACAUAUAACUUGAAAGAACAUACAAUCAAAUUGUUAUUACCUACAACCGCUGUAUCCUAACCUAUCCCACCCUAUCCUAUAUUUAUGAAGAAUUAUCAUGUGUCCCCUUUAUUUGUAUUUUUUCCCUUAGUACUCUCUGAAAUAGUUAAUAUCCAUGUCCACAACUCAGAUGUCAACAACUGUCUGUCUCACAAUGUCAUUCUGAUUGUUCCUGAUUGGAGAUUAAAGCUGUAAAACCUCGGAAUGUUUGUUACAAUAAAGAUUUUGAUUCAUGUU